GUUUUCUUGGUUAAAACUCGACGAAAUCAUUCAAAUUUGUCUAGUCCAUUGUGUUUGGAAUCUGGUUCUGCCUAGCGCCAGGAGCUCCAGGGGCCGAUGGCGGUGCGGGAAAAGCCCGGAGUUUCAAUGGGCGGGAAAGCCGAUGUAAUACGAGAUACUAUGACUAACGUAAAAGUUUGUAAUAUUAACAAGAACCUGUUGGCGUGACGCUACACCGUCGCGAAGUGACGCCACACCGUCGCGUAACCAUAGUCAUACCAUUGCACAAAAUAAACGAAGCACUGAGAACGGCUUCUGGUGAGAUUGUACGCGUUGUCCGGAGCGCAUUGAUACAAACAAGCCAAGGAAUUUACGACAGCAUCAACUUCACUCACGACAUCUUCAGCCAGGAAAGAUACAGGAAGCUUACAUGAACACAGGAGAAGGGGACGAACAGCAGCGCUAGUUCGCGAUGCCGGAAAUUUGUGUCGAGGUGCAGGCGCUGCCUCCGCGCUACCAAGUGCGAGGCAAGGUGAAAAAUGGUCUUGACUUCUUGCAUUGGAUCCAGAAAAAUAUUGACAAAAGCGGAAAAUACGUUUUAUGCCGGGAUGAUGAGUCUUCAAUCCCUGAUUGUGCAGCGCUGGACAGGAUUUUCGAAGAAAGUUUGGGAGGAGAGAUGGUACUGACUUAAGAUAGAUUAAUUUAGAUAGACGUAAAAAUUUCGAAUUCGUUCCACCUGGUUUCAGAUAUACAAGUAUGAUGAAGAAUUCAUCGUCGACAACCAUAUUUAUCUACAGAAAAAAUCGUUUCUAACAACAACAGCGUUUUCAAAUCCGAAGACUGCAAGAUUUUUCUGCCGGACACAUUAGAAUACGAGAGCUAUGGCCAGAUCCAGACAAGCUGCCGUGCCUAGAAUACUGCCGAGAAAUUUUAGGUACUUCCAUUGUUCUAGCUAAUUUUCGUGGGCGGAGUGAAAACGAUUAGGAUUACUCACCAACUAACGCUCUAUUUUCUAUAAGUCAUAUUCUGAUUCUGAUCGAUGUCGAAGAUCAAAAGGUUGUUGAUAUUCUUCGUCUGAUAUCUAUGUAUGAUUAUCCUCCAUUUUUUAUAGUGAUCUUCACAUAUUCAACAUAGGUGAUAAAUUUUUCGACGAGAUCGAGAGUCCUCAGAGGCUUGGCGCGAGCCCACGUGGGGAGCAGCAAGGGGCAGACGAAGCGAGAGCCAUGUCGAUGAUUCAGCAAAAUAAUGACAGCGGCGCGGGUUCUUUUUCUACAAAAAAGGUAGCGCGGGUCCCUGGAUUUGGCUACACCAUGAAGAAGAAGCGGCUACAGGCAGCGCCAAUAGAUCCGCUACGCCGAGAUGACGUGGAUUUCUGGAAGAAACUGGGUUCCAAAGAGGAGCCAUGGGAUGUAAUGUUAAGAGUCGUCUCGUCUCUGGUUGUACCAAUUUUAGUUUCAUAUUUUCGAUUGCAAAGUUACCCGAUGCAUCAUCUGAAGGUGUCAUCAUCGGUUAUUUCUAUGAUAUAGGAUCAGGGUGCUUGACGUUCUUGUUUCAGAGACUUCUGAAUUCUAGUUAUUUGCUGGUGCAGAUUCUAAUACCUGAAGUGCGCGGUCGACGCAUGCUUGUCGCCUUUCUUUCAGGAGAGGUGGAGCUAGCGCUGAACCUCUUUCUCGAAGGGCGGGUGGACACGUCUGCGAGGGACUGUAUUAGCGAGUUUUUCUGUCUAAAGGCGCCGACAAUCAUUACUGAGUCGUUACUUCUUGAUGUGGUAGAAUAAAGUUGAACAGAGAAAUCAACGCCAUGUUUCAGUUUUUUCAAGACAUAGAAGAUGUGCUUCCAACGACAUUCAUCCUGCUCAUCACGACCUAACAGCGAUCAAUUCUUCCUUGCUGCACUGGUCGAUCUACUACGAGCUGCAGCCGGUCUGCGCAAAACUGAUCGAGUAUCAUGCAGAUGUGGAUCAAAAAAACGAUUUGAACGAAACGCCCCUAAUGAUAGCAUGUCAAGAGGGAUGCUGGGGAAUAUUCGACUUCCUCUUCGACAAGGUAUUCACUUAAUUACAGGUUGUAAUUUCUUGGUACAAAACUGAGUAGUUUCUUGUAAGAAAUUGGAAAGCAUAUCAGUGAAGAAAAUGCAAAUGAUUUAUAAUAUAUAAAUAUAAACCACGAUCAUCCAUACCAAUGUAAUCUUGACAGGUUGACAAAGAUCCUGGGACAAUACCCGGAAAUCUGGAUUGCCAAGAUUUAGAGCGGGGUCAGACAGCUCUUUUGUGGUGUGCUAGGCAUGGCCAGCUUCCAGCGGUCCAGAAGCUCAUCUCCUUGGGUGUUGACCUAAACAAGCACGACUUCGAGAGCACGACGGCGCUGCAUGUCGCCACGGUUUACAACGUUAAGGUGAAUUUUGUUAAAAGUAGAGUUGACGACAAGACACUAUUAAGAGAAGUGAGUGGCAGAAUGCAUACUAUAAGAAAGAUUUGAAGUGAUAGUAGACCAUUAGAACGGGAUCAUGAAAUUGAAAAUACCAUACCUUGGGGCGAUGGAAAUGCACAUGCUCUAAAAACAACGUGCCCAUGGUGAAACUAUUGCUGAAGGGGACAGCGAAUCCAGACGCCAGAUCGUACUUUUUACCCAUUGCUAUGUAUUGGUUUAGGCCUAGAUUUUCCUUCAUUUUCCGAAAUCAGGUGUGAUUUUUUUAGCUGCACUUUCUCACAGAAUCAAUCUGUGACCCGUUUCCGUUGUCUUCCUUGUUUACACAAGAAAGAUCACAAGAAAGAUAACAAGACAUUGUCUUUGUCACUUAAACUUUAGAUACGUUUGGAAGACGCCUAUGCGUAUUGCGCUCGAGUACGGCUACCGGGACGUUGUCGACGCACUCCACGCCGCUGGCGCCGCGCCAGGGGAGCCGGAGCGACCUGACGCCAUCCUGGACGAUCACUAUGCGGUCUGGGAGGCCAUGCCUCCUCCAAUGGACCUAAAGCAACGAGGUUUGAUGGAUUAAGUUUGCAUCGGGAGACGCAGUUACUUGAUAUCUUUAUCAAGCUGCAGUGCAUGUGCGUAUUACAGCUGGUUCUUCGAUGAGAAGAACGAGAUGUACAAAAAAGGUAACUAACGGAGCGAGCUUCACGAUUUCUUUUAGCAAUUGAAACUAAUCAUGUUAUGACACAGUCAGUGACAAAGGUAGCGAAUCUUCACAAGCACAUAGCGAGGAAUCCUACGGGACUCCUUUGGCUAUUCUGUCUUGGUAACUUACAGUACUAAAGCGAAACGAGAACGGGUCACCGGUCACAGGACUGGUGAUUCGAGCCUAGAUUGAUUCCGAGUAGCACACGCAGAAGAUAGAAAGUAUAUUCAGGGCUUGAUGAAAAAAAUGAACGGAUAACGGAGUAUUUUGAGGAUAAGGCAGCUACUUUAGCGAGAAU